GAAGGAAAAUAAAAUUUUGAUAUACAUAAAGAAGAUAAAGUUAUAAUAUAUAUUUUGAUAUACACAUAUAUACAUUUAGUGGCUACCUUAUGCCAAUAUCUAUAACUAGGACUUUUUUUGCUAAUUUGAAGGACAUUUUGGGUAAUUUUCCCUCCAAACACCAGCAAAAUGAAAGGUAGAGAGUACAGUAAAUGUGAUAAAGCUAAAGGUAGAAUCAUCUGACAUCCGUGCCAGUUGCCACCGACACCCCUCACUUCCAUUUUCCUAAAUUCACACUCCAAACACAAAGACCCCCCAAACUCUUCAAUCCAUUUGACAGAGAAAAUGGCAAUUUCAGACAAAGUAACAGGAAAUUUAACAACGUUGUACCUAGCAAUGAUAGGUGCAAUGAAAGCCUACGGGUUAAUGACCGGUCGAAACUUCAGUGGUUGUUUUGUGCUAAUUUUUUCGACAGCUGCAGUUGUUGUGGUCUUGAUUGCAAGUCUAACGUGGGAUAUAUCUCUCAAGGCUAGAAAUGCUAUGACUCGUGAUGAUCAUCCUCAGGUUUAUCAACAUGGUCAUGAAUUUUGUCGAGGUGGCAUCUGUUGGCACGGCGUCGCCGUCAGUUCCCCGGCGUCUCAAGUCCGGUUUCAGCUUCCUCAGAACCACAUCUAAACAAAUUCAGAAUUUAACUAAACGAUGUGAGUUUUGAAUUGAAAAUGUCGGCUCUGAAAUAUCUAUUUAAUAUAUAUUGUAUACAUAAAAUCUGUCAAAGAGAGUAGAAUGUAAAUUUGCAGAGUGGUGAAAAGAUGUUAUUGUAGCAGCACUACUUCCUUUUUUUUUCCUCAUGAUAUAUAGCAGUAGUACUAGUUCAAUGAAAAAAAGUACUCGUAGUAAUUAAUA